AUGAUUAAUCAAACAUUUUACUCUCUCAUUACAGCAGAUUCCGAUACGGGUGAAGGUGAAUCGACAACACAUGACAUUCUAACGUGCGGUUCAUGUCAGAAGACUUUCGCUCUUGCUGAAAUCGUCAAGUUCAUUCAACACAAAGUGUUACAAUGCAAUAAAGAAAACUAUGGACAAUGUUUUACGCAAGGUAAAUUAAAGCAGAUGAUUCUGACGCUGAUCGAGGCAUAUAAUGGUGGAACACUUUCAGGCACAUCAGGUGAUAGAGAUUCGGAUGAUGGGCGCCCACUAAGUUUAGCAAAUUCACGUAGACCAUCAAUAUCAGCGCCGAUUUCACGUAAAUCGAGCCUUUCACGCAUGCACUCACCACCCUUAGCGAGUCCAUCAAGUCACCUUCUUGAAGAUGGUUCAACGAGCACACCAAAAAGACUAUCCGAAGACAAUGACAAGCGACCUGACAGCGCGACACUUUCUCUAGACAGUAAAGAGAAUGAUUUAGACAAUAAGCAUCGUGACAGUGUCGAAAUCAAACAAGAGCGUCUAAAUGAUGCAAGCUUGUGUCCGGAUGACGACUUCAAUUCACUUUCCAACACUCAACCCCCACUUAAGAAGCUUCGUGCUGAUGUUGCUGAUGCUGAAUCUAAUACAACAAACAGUGGAGUAAAAAGAAAUAAAAGUGAUAAUAAAGAAGAUGGCAACAAUGGGAGUAAAAGAAGAAAAUAUAUAAGCUCAAGUAGCAAAGCGAAAGUGUACACAAUCGCUGAAAGUCAUGUAAAUAUAUAA